AUGCCUGCACGGCAACAAAACUCACCCAGACAUGGCUGCUGCAUCGCUUGCUCUUGGCAAGUUGUAUUCGCAAGCCUUGAAGAAUCAUUGCGCAUGAUGCGUUCCUUGCUUGGAGACACAGAUCACCCCAACAUGGCCGCCACGCUUUCUGCGCUCGGCAAGUUGUACUUGCAAGCUGGGGGCAUCGCAAAAGCGAAAGAAAACUUGGAAGAAUCCUUGCGCAUGACCCAGUCCUUGAUCAGUGGCACAUGCCACCCUGACACAGCUGCCACAUUGCUUGCCCUUGGCAAGUUGUACUUGCAAGAUGGAGACGCCACAAAAGCACAGAAUUGUUUGGAAGAAUCACUGCUCAUGACCCGGCGCUUGCUUCCAGACAUAGGUGACAAUGAUACAUCUUCCAAAGCGGCCACAUUGCUGGCAUGCGGAGAAGUGUGCUUGCGAAUUUAUGGUUCCCGAUACUUCCACCAAGCGCCACGCCUUUUGGAAGGAGCAUUGCUCAUGACCCGGUCCUGUCUUGGAGAGGCCAGUCAUCCUGAGAUAGCUCCCGCAUUGCUUGCACUUGGCAAGCUGUAUUUGCAAGCUGGGGACUUGACAAAUUCAAAAAGUUGUUUGGAAGAAUCGUUGCGCAUGACCCGAUCCUUGCUUGGAGACACACAAAUGCAAGGCACCCCGACAUAG